UCCCGCUCGGACGCGUGUGACGGACGCCCCGGUUGCUCUGUGUGUGUGUGUGUGGGGGGGGGGGGGGGUAGUGACGGCACAAUGGCGCCUCCGUUGUCUGGGAGAGCGUGUCCCCCCCUCUCCUCAGGCCCAGGUUCCCGGGGCAGCAGCACAGCCUCGUGGCCAUGGCGGCGGCGGCGUUCCUCGUCCGCCUCAUCCUCAUCAUCUUCUUCACCUUCAUGUUCGGGAUCGUACCCACAGAGUUUGCUCGUUUACCCGAAGCCCGAAUUCUGUUGAAAGAAAAUGUUGGCAAACCCAUGCAAGUCUCCAGGGUGGAACCUCAGAAUUAUAAAAUGCUUCGAACUUUGAAUGAAGGCCAAUCGGAGCAAGUUUUGCAGAGUAAUAAAUUGAACCAACAGGAAUUUGUCUCAAUGGUUCUCAAACGUAGGAAGCGUGGUUCUAGAUUUGUAGAAAUUCCGGAAAUGGAGGAAGCUAUGAUAGAAGAGGAGGAACGUAUUCUGCCAAUCCCUCCACCAAGAAUGACCCCACAUGUUUAUGAAGACGAGAAUGAAAUUAUUAUAGAAGAGGAGGAAAACCAUGUUCUUCCCAGUCCUCCGCCUAGGUUAGACGAACAUGUGUAUAAAGUCCCUCCUGAGGUUGAAGAAGAAGAAGACGAAAUCAUAAUCGAUAUAUCAAAUAAUGGAAACAAAGAGGUUCACGUACCUCUGCAUUCAUCGGCAAACCAUCGCCAUAAUGGCAAAAAUGAUAAUUCGAAGAAAGAAGAUGAGAAAAAGAAACGGUUCAAACCUCUUUGGAUCCUUAUUGCAUUAAGCAUCCUGGCCUUAAUUAUAUUACUACUGCUGAUGUGGUAUUUCAUUCCAAGGCAGUUUAUGAAGAAAGUCCGUGGACAGUGAGAGCAGAAUAACGGGGUUUGGGAUCUUCAUAGGAUUGAAAGUGGACAAGCAUCGAACACUGACUAGCUACGUGGAAAUUAUUAUGAACAAAGUGUAUUUUGUUGGAAUCUAACUAAAUAUGAAACUUUUCA